AUGCUCGAAUCCGUCGUCGCGAACCUGCUCAACAGGUUCCUGGGCAUGUACGUCCAGAACUUCGAUCCCAAACAGCUCAAUGUCGGCAUCUGGUCCGGCGACGUCAAGCUCCGCAAUAUGGAGCUCCGCCGCGAGGCGCUCGACCAGCUCCGCCUCCCGCUCAACGUCAUCGAAGGCCACCUCGGCCAACUGACCCUCCAGAUACCCUGGUCGAACCUCCGUGGGAAGCCUGUGCGCGUGAUAAUCGAAGACGUGUUCCUGCUGGCGGCGCCGAAGGUCGACACGGAGUACGACGUGGACGAGGAGGAGCGGCGGCAGCACGCGGUGAAGAUGGAGAAGCUGGAUAGCGCAGAGUUGCUGAAGGACCGGAAUACGGAGGGGAUGAGCCAGGAGGAGCAGCAGAAGAAUCAGAGCUUCACGGCGAGCUUCGUCACCGCCAUUGUUGAUAAUGUGCAGGUAUCGGUGAAGAAUAUCCAUAUUCGAUACGAGGAUUCGAUAUCGCAUCCGGGCCAUCCGUUUGCGUUGGGGAUCACGCUGGAGGGGUUCGACGCUGUCAGCACGGAGGCGGAUUGGCGACCGACAUUCAUUCAGAGCACCUCGGGGACGACACAUAAGCUUGCGUCGCUGAAGUCGCUGGCUGUAUAUUGGGAUACCGAUAACGAGCUAUUGAGCUCUGGCGUCGGUACCCAGGAAGGUCUGGAACACGAUGAUUUCGUCGAGAGGCUGAAGUCGAUGAUUGCUCGUACGGAUGAGACCGACUUAGAUUCGCAUCAAUACCUACUCAAACCUGUCACCGGCCGAGCAGGUCUGGAGAUAGACAAGUCCGGCAAGCUGGAUCGUCCUAAGAUGAAGGCCAAGCUCCUGUUCGAUGAACUCGGUUUCAUCAUGGACAACGACCAGUAUCGAGAUGCAUUGAUGCUGGUGGAUCUAUUCCAUUAUUAUAUCAGGCACCAGGAGUAUAGAAAGCUACAGCCGAAGAGCAAACCAAAAGAAGACCCUCGCGCGUGGAUCCAAUUCGCAGGACAGGCGGUAUUGGACAAAAUCCAUGAACGCAACCGAAGAUGGUCCUGGGAGUAUUUCAAGGAGCGGAGAGAUGACCGCAUCCGCUACAUCGACUUCUUCAAGAAAAAGAAGAAGGACGUUAAGUUAACCCCCGACGAGGCCACGGAUCUAGACGAGCUCGAGCGCAAACUCACAUACGAAGACCUCCGCUUCUGGCGCUCAUUAGCACGGAAUCAGCUCCGCAAGGAGAAUGUCGGGGUCAAGAAGGAGCCACCGCAGCAGACCUGGUCACAAUGGAUAUGGGGCGCCAAUAAGCCAUCACAGGAGGAGGCCCCCGAGGACCGCCAGAUGACGGAUGAGCAACGAAAGGAGUUGUAUGAGGCCAUCGAUUGGGACGAGAAAAAGUCCAUCGAGGAAGCCGUAGACGUGCCGAAGGAGUAUGUCAAGCUGCAGGUCGAGAUGAGCCUUCGCACCGGUAGCUUUACGCUACGGCGACAACCGCACGGGAAGAAGACGGAAAUCCUCAAGCUGUUGUUCGACUCAUUUAGGACGGAAUUGUUGAGGCGGACGGACUCGAUGCUGGCGAGAGUCGACCUCGAGGGAAUGAGACUGUACGAUGGGACCACGAAAGGUAGUUUGUUCCCGCAAAUAAUCUCGAUCAAGGACGCCCCUGCAGUUCCCGACGAGGAACGGAUCAAGGAACUUGACGAUGACGAGAUGCUGAAAGAGGGCGAGAAGUCCGACGGAAAUCAGGACGAGGAUGCAGCGGAGGACGACCCCUUCUUCCAUCUAGAGUUCGAGAAUAAUCCUCUCGAUGGGAGCGCGGACACUGCCUUGACGGUUAAGCUAAAGGCACUUGAGAUCAUCUACAACCCCAAAUUCCUGGAGGGGAUCGUCAAGUUCUUCAAACCCCCGAAACGACACAUGGAGUCCAUUGGCGCACUAAUGGAGACGGCUGGUGCCACAGUUGAGGGCAUCAGGAAGCAGACACGCGCGGGACUGGAGUUUGCUUUGGAAGAACACAAAACCAUCAACGCGAACCUCGAUCUUCAAGCGCCCCUGAUCAUUAUCCCCGACUCCGUCACCGAGAAGAGCAGUCUGUGCCUGAUCGUCGACGCUGGUCACGCUAGCGUGCGAAGCAAACUCGUCGACAAAGGCACACUGCGUGACGUCCAGAAUAAGCAGCACCAGCGCUAUACAGAGGAAGACUACCGGCGUUUGGAAGGGCUGAUGUACGACCGGUUCCUCCUUAAGCUUGAUUCCACGCAGCUGCUGCUUGGAACCACGAUCGGUGAGACGAAGAAGCAAUUGGCGGAAGACACAGAGUCCAGGAGCUUCCAUCUCGUGGAGCGGAUCAACAUGGAUUUCACACUGGAUAUCUGCAUCAUCCCGAAGGCGUCAACGUUAACGAAAUUCCGGAUAUCGGGACACUUGCCAGUUCUACACGCGUCCGUGUCGGACAAGAAGUACAAGAGCUUGAUGAAGCUCAUUGAUGUGGCUAUUCCCAAAUUCACCGAUGAGAGUGAGCGAAAUCAAGAAAAGAAAAUUGCGAGAUCACCGAGCCCACCGCCAACCAACACCGAUGAGCUAGGCAGGCCACGAUCGAAGUCAUUCCAGUUCUCGGGCGACGAGGUGGCCCAAUCGCUCGUCGUGGAUGAAGAAGAAUCAGACACCAGCAGUCAGCGAGAGAAAGCGGAGAGCGAGAAGAAAGACGCCGAACUCCUAUACAAGCAGCGGAACUUUGAGUUUAAUUUCACAGUUGACAAACUCGUGGGAUCGUUAUAUCGGGCUGAUCCGGAAGGAAAGAAGGCGGAUGACCUAUUGGUCGAGCUCGUUGCGAAUGCAUUCUCUUUGCAAUUCUACCAGCGUCCAUUUGACAUGGCGGCCGAGGUCAAGCUGAAGAGCUUGGUGGUUGAAGACCACGUCGAGGAAGAUCCGAGCCCGGAGUUCAAGAACAUCGUCUCGUCGGACGAUCUGAACACGGCGUCAGAGAAAGACCUCUUCUACCUGAAGUUCACACGCGUUAAUCCCAAAUCGCCAGAGUUUCAGUCCGUCUAUGAUGGCAUUGCGAUGAAUGUUGACGCAGCAGUGUCAGCGAUCAAUGUCAUUGUCACACGACGCACUCUGUUGACGCUCUUAGACUUCGUCCUGACUACCUUUACUGGUGGUGACAAUCAACGUGUUUCACAGCAGGUGUCAGACGCAAAAAUGCUCGAGGACAAGCCCGAGGAACAAGUUGUUCGACCGCAACCAAGUCAAGAUAAGAUACGGGUACGAACCGAGCUCAAGAAGAUCUCUUUGAUCCUAAAUAACGAUGGGAUCCGGCUCGCAACCCUGAGUUUGAGCUCCGCAGAUGUCGGAGUCUUCAUCAUGGGCAAGUCCAUGCGCGUCGGAGCACGCCUCGGAGAUCUCUCGCUCAUCGACGACGUCAACCAAGGCGUCCCCGAGGACUCCUCGCUUCGGCAACUCGUCACGAUCCAGGGCAAGGAACUGGCGGACUUCAGCUACGAGACCUUCGAUUCGCAAUCAGAGUCCUAUCCAGGCUACGACAGCUCCAUCUUUCUCCGCGCCGGUUCCAUCAAGGUCAACUUCGUCACCGAGCCGUUCCGGAAGAUCAUGGACUUCACCGUCAAGUUCGGCAAGAUGCAGGCGAUCUUCAACGCCGCCAGGCAGGCGGCCGCGCAGCAAGCGAGCCAGAUGCAGGAGACGGCGAAUAAGAUGCAUUUCGAUAUCUUGGUUAGGACCCCGAUUGUCGUCUUCCCGCGGAUAGUGUUCAAGGAGAAUACUGAGCGCGACACUUUAACCGCGUAUCUGGGCGAGAUCUACGCCAAGAACGAGUUCGUGGCGCCCAAGGGCGGUGACAGUGAAGAGCAUUCGAACCACAUCAAUGCUGGGAUUCGGCAUAUUCGGAUGGCAUCUAACUUUCACUAUGGGGACGGCCAAUCUGAGGCGCUCCAGCUACUCGACAAAACCGAUCUAAGCUUCGAGGUCAACUACAUCGAGCACAAACCCGGCAUGGAGAGACCCGACAUGGAGAUCGCAGGAUCGCUAUCCGACACCAACCUUCGAGUCACCCAGGACCAGUUGAAGUUCAUCUUGGAACUGUUCCGAACGAUCCCUCCCGCCUUCGCUAUGGAUCCCGGCGACGAGAUGCAAGAGGAUGUAUACAACGAGCUUCCGGAAAGCACCGCGGCGCCUGCCAGGGCGCUCACGGAGAGGAGUCAAGAAUCAUCCGAAUCUCAAGCAUCAGACGAGCCGCCGUCCGGGAAUUGGACGACGCUCGAUCUGGUGUUUAAAGCGCCAACAAUCGGCGUGGAAUUGAUCAACGCGGCUCCGAACGAACCGGUGAAGGAUCUCGAGGACGCCAGUCUCUCGAAGUUCUCGCUAAACCGGACGCACGUCAAGCUGCGGAUGAUGAAGGACGGGGCGCUGGAGUCCGAGCUGCUCAUCCGAUCGUUCAGCAUUCGCGACAGCCGAACGCGGGACUCGAAUAAGUUCCGGAAGAUCAUGUCGCUGAUUAACAAUGAUGUCAAGCAGCAGUUCAUGGCGAGUAUUUCGAUCUCGGGUGGGAAGGAAAGGAGUUUGGUGGCGAUGUUGACCAUCGAUAGCCCGAGGAUGAUCCUCGCCUUGGACUAUCUGUUCUCUAUCCAAGCGUUCAUCAAUGCGGGCUUGACUAUCGACGAACCACUCGAGGUUGAUGAGGAGACCGAAACCACAGCCACAGACGCGGAAAGCUCGGUUAGCCUUCACUCGGAGGGCCGGAGGACUAAGGGAACUCAAGCGGUGUCCAAACUGGAUACUCAAACGGGCAAAUCCGAAGGACGAGAGAUGCAGGUAUCGUUCCGGGUGAACGUCGUCGAUGCACAGGUCAUCCUCUUAGCCAACCCUGCCAUUACGAACACGGAAGCCGUAGUCCUUGGCACCAAACAAGUGUUGGUCUCCAAGCAGAAUGCCAUGACCCUCCAGGUCGAUCGGGUGGGAAUGUUUCUCUGCCGAAUGGACCAAUUCGAAACCACCCGACUGCGGAUCCUCGACGACUUCAGCGUCCGCACGUCGUUGGACAUCCAGACGCAAGGCAAAUCCACCACGCGGACGAACAUCCACGUCGACGUCGACCCACUCAUCCUUCGUUUGUCGCUUCGCGACAUCCUUCUCGCGAUGCAGAUCCUGGCUCGCGCAUCGGAGAUGAGCGGGGGCACGGAGAAGAAGAUCGAGGAUCAUGAGCCGAAGAAGCUGAAGGAGAUCAAAGGCACCUCAUCGAAGUCCUCGAGGCCGAAAUCCUCUCGCAAAGACCGCUCGACUGCCGGUGCCCCGAGAGCGAAGUCCCUUUCUGCAGCGCAGUCGCAGGCCAUUUCGGCGGACGUCAAGUCAGCUCGACAGCCCGGCGUGAUCCAGCACGAGGAGAUGGAUAUGGAAAUCGGGGGCAUUCGAGUCGUCCUGAUCGGAGACAAGCAUGAGCUCCCGAUGCUAGAUUGGAGCGUCAAGAAGUUCAACGUGCAGGUGCGCGAUUGGACCGGCGCGAUGACCGCGGAUACCUCCAUCGACACGUAUUUCAACGUCUUUAACUUCUCCAAAUCGGCGUGGGAGCCGCUGAUCGAGCCGUGGCAGCUGGGUUUCCACAUGUCGAAGGACCAGAAUCCGGACAAGCUAAGCGUGGAGCUCUACACGCGCAAAUCGAUGGAGGUGACGGUGACGGCGGCGACGAUUGCGCUGGCGUCGAAGUCGGCGGACUUUUUGUCGACCGAUGAGGAUGUCCUGUCCAAGCCACGGGGAAUGGAGGCGCCGUACAAACUCAGGAAUUAUACCGGCUUCGACAUCAACGUCUGGGGAGUGACGGAUUCGAGUGAUGGUGGUCCGGCGGCCAAACUCACGGAUGGGGACGAAUGUCCCUGGAGGUUUGAGGAUCCGCUAACGACUCGAGAGACACUGUCGCCCGAGGGUGCCACUGGCAUCGUUGGCGUGCGACUCGAGGGCAGCGGCUUCGACAGCGUCGAGAAGGUCCCCGUCAACCGGGAGGGGGAAGUGCUGUACAACCUGCGACCCCGCAAAAACAAAGUCCAGCAUCGCCUCCUCGUCGAGGUCUCGCUGGGAACCGACAACGUAAAAUACAUCACCUUCCGCUCGCCGCUCCUCGUCGAGAAUAACACACAGAUCCCUAUAGAGCUGGGCGUGUACAAUCCUGACGAGGGCCAUAUCCUCAAAAUAGAGAAGAUCCCACCCGGUGACGCGCGACCUGCGCCCGUCGGUGCUGCGUACCUCCAUUCGCUCAUCGUCCGGCCCGAUCAGGGUUUCGGGUAUACGUGGAGCUCCGAGCGGUUGUUCUGGGGAGAUCUGCUCAAGCGGCAGACCCGGACCAUCACCUGCCAUGGCGAGCACGACGACCAUGCUCCCCCGUUUUACUUCCAGAUGCACGCGAAUUUCGAUAAGAGGAACCCGAUCGUGGGGAACUACCCGUACAUGCGGAUCCGCCUCUCGGCGCCCGUGGAGAUCCAGAACCUGCUUCCGUACGAUUUCAAAUACCGCAUCUUCGACCACCAGACCAAGAAGGACUGGACGAACUUCCUGCGCAAAGGGGGGGUCAGUCCGGUGCAUGUCGUCGAGCUGUCGCAUUUGUUGAUGAUGAGCAUCGAAAUGCAGGAUACCCCGUUCAAGCAGAGCGAGUUCGCCGUCAUCAACUCGUCGGAUCGCGAGAACUUCCGGCGGGAGAAGACGAUGGAGGUGAAGGAUAACAAUAACCUCUCGUUGCAGUUGAAGCUGCAUUAUUUCAAUAUCCCUGAUAGCGGAGGUGCCUUUAAGGUCACAUUGUACAGCCCAUACAUCAUCCUCAACAGGACAGGGCUUCCGAUUGAUCUGCGAAGCAAGGUGUUCAUGGGCUCGACCAAGUCUGCUGCUGGCCAGCCUAUGGAUGCUGACAGUGACGAUGCGAGAGCGAUGCCGCUGAUGUUCUCCUUCCCGACCGACGAUCGCAAGAACAGAGCGCUGAUUAAGGUGGGAGAUUCCCAUUGGAGCAAGCCGCAAAGUUUCGAUGCUAUCGGUAGUACCUACGACGUCACGCUUCCUUCCUCUACGGGUCGUUCGGAGAUGCAUAUAGGUGUAUCAGUAGCAGAAGGCGAAGGAAAGUACAAUCUGACGAAGGUCGUCACCCUUGGUCCCCGAUUCAUCGUCAAGAACCGGCUUUCGGAAGAAAUCAAUGUUCGAGAACCCGGAUCUUCAGACAUCAUGACCUUGAAGCCUGGAGAUCUUCUCCCCCUCCGGUUCUUGCGACAGCGAGCUGGCCAACAACUCUCGAUCUGCUUCCCGGGUGUCAACAACACCUGGUCGUCGCCAUUCAAUAUUGCGGAUGUCGGCAGCGUCCAUGUCAAACUUGCGAAGUCCGGGCAACGGCAGAAGCUUAUGCGCAUCGACGUGCUCAUGGAGCAUGCCACGCUCUUCCUCCAUAUCAGCACGGAAACGAAACACUGGCCGUUCUCGAUGCGGAAUGAAAGCAAUACGGAGUUUAUCUUUUACCAGACCAAUCCAAACCUAGAUGAAGAUGAAGAAGAACGUACCACUGGCUGGAAACCAAUCCGGUAUCGACUUCCGCCUCGCAGCAUCAUGCCAUAUGCGUGGGAUUACCCUGCAGCACGGCGUAAGGAGAUCGUCCUGAGAGCCGAGGGCAAGGAGCGACAUGUCAAGCUGGCAGAGAUUGGCAAUCCGCCACCGAUGAAGCUGCCUCCUACAAGCCCAUCCGGUAGAGGAAAAAUCAUCGAUCUUAACAUCGUCGCAGAGGGACCUACUCAGUCCCUUUUGCUUUCCAACUACAAGCCAUCCAAGAGCUUGUAUCGUCAACAUUCCAAUGCCGCCUCACAAUCGGGCUCGACCGGGUUUGAGGUCAAGGACGUGGACACGGAUGUCAACUUCACGGCUCAGAUACGGUUCGCUGGACUUGGCGUGUCGUUGAUCAACAGCCAGCUUAAAGAGCUAGUCUAUGUCACACUCCGCGACAUCGAAAUCAAGUACUCGGACUCUCCGCUAUACCAGACCGUCAAGUCCACGAUCAAGUGGAUCCAGAUCGACAACCAGCUUUAUGGUGGCAUUUUCCCCAUUAUACUCUAUCCCAGCGUGGUUCCAAAGACUGGAAAGGAGAUGGAAGCUCAUCCGAUUCUGCAUGCGGCGAUCACGAAGGUCAAGGACGAUUCGUAUGGCGUGAUUUAUAUCAAAUAUUUCACCGUCCUGCUCCAGCAGUUAACGAUAGAGAUCGACGAGGAUUUCAUCUUUGCUCUGCUUGACUUUGUGAAGAUCCCUGGCGCUUCGUGGUCGGAAGAGAAACAAGGGAAACUCUGCGAUGAGGCCCUCGAUAUUCCGGAACCUACGCAGGAUCAAUCUAGUCAGGAUAUCUAUUUCGAACUCCUUCACUUGCAGCCAAUGCAGUUCGACCUGUCCUUCGUUCGGACCGAACGCAUCAAUGCGGAGGACACAGCAACUUCGAACAAUCCUCUGAUGUUCGCGGUCAAUGUCUUGACCAUGUCCAUUGGCAACGUCAACGAUGCUCCAAUCAAGUACAAUGCUCUCAUGCUCGAGAACGCGCGUGUAUCGAUGGCAACUCUGAUAAACAAUAUCCGGACGCAUUAUGUCCAGGAAAGUUUGCGACAAGUCCACAUUGUCCUUGGUUCCGCCGACUUCCUCGGAAAUCCGGUUGGUCUGUUCAAUAACGUUAGCUCCGGUAUCCAAGAUAUCUUCUAUGAGCCAUAUCAAGGUCUCGUAAUGACCGACCGCCCUCAAGAUCUGGGCAUCGGCAUCGCCAAAGGUGCCUCCAGCUUCGUGAAGAAGUCGGUCUUCGGCUUCUCCGAUAGCAUGGCGAAGUGGACCGGAAGCGUCUCGAAGGGGCUUUCAGCUGCGACGCUUGACAAGGAAUAUCAGGAUCAACGGAGGAUGUCUCGCGCGCGAAACCGACCGAAGCAUGCACUUUACGGUAUCACCUCCGGCGGCAACGCAUUUGCAAGCAGUCUCGCAAGCGGUAUUGGUGGCCUGGCGCGUCAUCCAAUCCAGGGCGCAGAGAAGGAGGGAGUCGCAGGCUUCGUGAAAGGCGUCGGGAAAGGGUUCCUCGGCCUUGCUACCAAGCCCGCCAUUGGUGCCUUCGAUCUCGCAUCCAACAUGGCCGAAGGCGUCCGCAAUACGACCACCGUCUUCGACCAAGAAGGCCUCGAUCGCGUCCGCCUGACCCGGUUUAUCGGCCAAGACGGCAUUGUCCGACCCUACUCGCAGCGCGAAUCGCUCGGCCAGUUCUGGCUGAAGACGGUUGACAAUGGGAAGUACUUCAACGACGACUACAUCGCGCACCUGGAGCUGGAAGGGCGGGACAUGAUCGUGAUCCUGACGUACAACGGGAUCAUGCUGGUCCGGUCGAAGCGGCUCACGUCCGAGUGGGACGUCCCGCUCAAGGACAUCCAGACGAUCUCGAAGGAGCGGACGGGCAUGAGCAUCACGCUGAAGGGGGGGACGAAUGGCCCGUUCAUCCCGAUUCAGGAUGAGCCGAGCAGGAAUUGGCUAUACAGGCAGAUUGCCGUGGCGGUGAAUGCGUACAAUGAUAAAUGGAGUGCUGCCACAUAG